AUGGACCUUGACCAAGCAAUUGGCGGCCCUUCGGGGACCCUCGACCUACAUCCCCGUGGCCAUGGGACCGGAACUCAUGGUGCGGAGACAACAUCUACUAUCGCACCCUACCACAGCGCCUUGAAUGGCGUAAAUCAGCCCGUGAACAUGCUGUUCAAGGACAUGCUUUGGUGGACCCUGGGUAUCAUGGGUCUCGUCAUUCUAAGCGUGAGGUUGCUCGAAAUUAUGUGGAUGCAUAUCCGCCAGGUUUCGUCGAUGACGGUCAGUGGCGACAGGCAGAACUUCUGGAAGUACGGCCAAUGGUCCUGGCUUCCGACAUUCAAGAAACAUUUUCUCUACGCUCCUCUCUGGAAGAAGCGGCACAAUCGCGAGAUCAAGCUAUCAACUGCGGUCAAUAUGGGCACCCUUCCUUCGAGGUUCCACUUUGUUCUGCUUAGCAUCCUCAUCGGCAGUAACAUCAUCUACAUGUUUGUGCUUAACUGGAAAAACGAGAACAUGUACUCCUUCUGCGCUGAGCUCCGAGGGCGCUCAGGCACACUCUCCAUGGUCAACAUGGUACCUUUGAUAUUCCUCGCGGCUCGCAACAACCCACUCAUUCCCUGGCUCAAGGUGAGCUUCGACACGUACAACCUGAUCCAUCGAUGGCUCGGUAGAUUGGUUGUCAUCGAAGCCGUCAUUCACACCCUUGCGUGGCUUAUUGUUCAGAUUGCAGACGGAGGCUGGGAAUCGGUCGGAAAUAGGAUCAUGGGCGAAUCCUUCAUCUCGUCUGGAAUGGUUGGAACCGUUGCCCUCAUCAUCAUCCUCAUUCUCUCAUUUUCCCCAGUUCGACAUGCUUUCUAUGAGACCUUCCUGAACCUUCAUAUCAUCCUCGCCUUCAUCAUCUUCGUCUGCACCUGGGUUCACUGCGCAGUGGCAGACAUAGGAGUCCUGCCACAGCUGCCUUGGAUUAUGGGUAUCAUGUCCUUGUGGUUUGCCGAGCGCCUGUGGCGAAUGAUCAACUUGGCCUGGAAUAACUGGUCCUCCAAGGGCUAUACCGAGGCUGUCGUGGAGGCAAUGCCUGGCGAGACGACCCGAGUUACUAUGCACCUUCCGCGAUAUGUCGACAUCAAGCCUGGUACCCACGCGUAUAUUCGAUUCAAGAGUAUCAAGCCGUGGGAGUCGCAUCCGUUUUCCAUCGCCUGGGUCGAGCAUACUUCCAACUCGAAAGGUCUUCCUGUCGCGGAGAAGGAGAAUUCGGGCGUCAUUACCGACAAGAAGCACGCGACCACAUCCGUUUCCUUUGUCAUUGGCGCCCAAACCGGCUUCACUCGGAGGCUGUACGAGAAGGCGGCACUCAGCGGCAUGCAAAUGAUUCACAUGCGAGCCGCUAUGGAAGGUCCCUACGGCGGUCACCAUUCGCUUGACAGCUACGGCCAUGCCGUCCUAUUCGCCGGAUCAACCGGCAUCACGCAUCAGAUCUCGUACCUUCGUCCUCUAAUUGAGGGCUACAACGCGGGCACAGUGGCGACGAGACGAAUUACGUUGGUGUGGAUUGUCAGGGAUUAUGAGGCACUCGAAUGGGUUCGCCCGUGGAUGGAUACAAUCUUGAGGCUGCCUCAUCGAAAGGACAUCCUUCGCAUUCAGCUCUUCAUCACCCGACCCAAGAACCCACGAGAGAUCACCUCCGCCAGCUGGACGGUUCAGCUCUUCCCCGGCCGACCAAACAUCCCAAUGCUCCUCCGUAAGGAAGUUCGCGAGCAACAGGGUGCCCUUUGCGUUACGGUUUGUGGAGCUGGAGCGCUUGCUGAUGACGUCCGCAGCGCCUCGCGCGAGGUCCAGGAUGAAGGCACAGUUGUUGACUUCAUUGAGGAAAGUUUUACGUGGUAA